AGCUUUACUAGAUCUAUCUACUGUAAAAAUAUCAGCCAAAUCGGUGAAACCGAUUGAGCAACGUUGGUCGUGGCUUACGUGCAAUGGCUCUUAGGUAAAGAUAUACGAAUUGAUCUCUCGGUAUUUUAGAUAUGAUGACCACUAUUUCUAAUACAAUUUCAUUCGCUAUUUCUCAAAAACGCAAAAAAAUGUUGAACAUAGACAAUUUCAUCUUUAAAUUGAAUAAGACGAGUACAAAAGAAUCUUAUUAAUGCUUAGAUCUACAUUGUACUGUAAAUGUAUAUGCUGAUCUUGAGGAUGUUAUCUUAAACAUUAAAGAUGAUUAUUGUCAUCCAUCUUAACUAGAAGAAAUACGAAUUCGAAUAUUGAAAGAAGCUAUAAAAACGCUUGCGAUAAAUGAAAGUACAUAUAUCCCACAAAUUCAGAAUGAAAAAGCAGCACUAACUGAUCUAUCAACAUUGCCAAUUGCUGCUUUACCUAUUCGUUAUGAUAAUGGUGAUGUUACUCGUAAUGAACUUUUAGAAGGAUUAUUCUUCGCUGUCGCUAAAAUAUCAAAUUAA